ACUGAUCGAAGGCCAAUGGCUUUUGUAUUGUGCUAACAUGUGAUCAGAAUCAAACCCCACCGGAAUUAUGUGGUCAGAAUUCAGAAUAACAACACACACUUUCUCUUUCUCUCUAUCUCUCUCUUACUGAAAACUGAAUUUAGGCAAUUAUGGCAUCUUCUUCCUUAUCACCCCCAAGCUUCCAAGGUGCCCUUCUUCACAAAUCCCAAUUUCUUGGCCAAAACCACAUCAAACUACUAACUCAAAGAUCAAUCUCCACUUCAUGUCCCAAAACAACAAUCACAGUUUCUGCUAAAUUUGAUCUGUACGGAAUCUUAGGUGGCAGAGGUUUAUGCAACGGCGAAACUGGCAUCAUUGAAGAGCUAAAGAAAGAAAGUCCAAUCCCACCACAACAAAAAACCGAGAAAAACAAAGAGGAAGAUUUGGAUGACAAAGCAGUUGAAACCUCAAAAAUUGAUGAGAAAAUACCAGAAGGUGCUUUCGAUAAGGAGCUUUUAGGCCUUACUGGUGGAUUUCCUGGUGGCGAAACAGGCCUCAGGAAAUUCAUCGAGAAAAACCCACCACCACCUAAAAAGAAUAAAGGAGAUGAAGAAAUGAAGAUGGUAAUGAAUUCAAAGAAGUCGAAACCACCUGAAUUGCCAUUGUUGUUGCCGGGAAUGAUCGCCCUUGUUAAGAACCCGAACAAUCCAUACUAUAUGUAUUGUGGUAUUGUGCAGAGGAUUACUGAUGGUAAAGCUGGAGUGCUGUUUGAAGGAGGGAAUUGGGAUAGGCUGAUUACCUUCAGGCUUGAGGAGCUUGAGAGGAGAGAGAAGGGCCCACCAAUGACGAAUCCAAAGUCUGUUGUGCUUGAACCUAUGAUUGAAAUGCUUGAAAAACAAUCAUCAACAACAAGUAGUGACAUACCUCAGUAAGCUUUUCACUGACCUGUGUUUAGUCCUGUUUGUAUUGUACAGUUCAAAAACUGGAACUAAUCUCAUCUGUUUACUCAGAAAUAAAAACACAAGUUAAAGGUUGUUCUGCA